CUUUUUCCUUUUCCAGUUUUCGCAGGGAGCCAUUCGUUUGGUGUUCUGUUUAUCAGGUAUGUGCUUCUUCUAAGAAAAGACGCAGACCAGAAAACCCAAACUCACAAUUUUGAACCAAAACCCUAAAAAGGAAACUUUCAUCCAUCCCAACUCAGAUGGUAUUUCUCUGCGCUUCUUCAUGGAGUUUUCAGCCCUAAAUACCACAGCUCCAACUCAUUUCUCACUCUCUUUUUCCCGAAGCAGCUGGUCCGCAUGACAUCGUCUGACUGGUGAGAAUGACAAGAAGAAAAUUUAAUGAGAAUUGUAGAGAGUUGAAAACCCAUCUGAUUGUGAAUGUAGCUUUUCAAUUUUUAGUGUCUGGUUUUCGUUGUUAACAAACUUUCCUGCACUUCUUGUGUAUGUUGGACUGAGCAAAAUUUCCGGAAUGACUGGAGUAUACCCUUUUGGUUUAUUCAGGGGACUGUUUCAUUCAGACUUCGCCAAGGCAAUCAUUUCUAUGCUAGUUCUGUCUUGUGCUUUUUUUCACCAUGCUGCAUGUGGACCAUGCUUCAUUUCUGAGCUGCAAUCAGCGUCAAAUGAAGACUCUGGACAUUACAUGAAUAAUCCUACCAAUGGCAUCCAUGGUACCUUUCCUGCAGAUAUCAGCUCGGGCAGCAAUCCAACAACCCACUUAAGUUUUGAAAGUGUUUGUACUGACAGUCAUUUAUUUUGCUUUCCUUCGACAGUAACGGACUUUUCAUUUAAAGAGAAAGGGAUAGGUGUAGAAGCAUCUUUGGGUCUGUUUGAUGGUUCAUCACCAGCAGUUGGAUCAACUCAAGAUGACAAAUUGGCUGCAAACAAAAGCCAGUCAUCAGAUUAUGGUAUAUUUGAAUUAUUUGAAGGUGGGAUAAUUUCAUGUUCUUUAAACUCAAGACAGGAUGUUAAUGAGCUGUCUUCCAUACAAAAACAUGAAAGCACCAGUAAAGUUGAUCUUUCUACAUGUAGAGGUGAUCCUCAUUAUCAGACAAGCCCAAGUUCUACCCAGAAGAAAAAUCUUGAUGUUACAAAUUCAGAUUAUUCAGAUAGUUCUCUGUCUCCCUUUGUAGAUAUUAGUCCUACUGAGUUGGAUUGGGAGCAUAAAUUCUUAUACUUACCUUCUUUAGCUUUGAUAACUGUGACAAAUACAUGCAAUCAAAGUACUCUACAUAUCUAUGAACCAUUCAGCACUGACUCACAGUUCUACUCUUGUAAUUUUAGUGAGGUUGUUUUAGGACCUGGUGAAGCAGUUUCUAUUUACUUUGUUUUCUUACCUAAAUAUUUGGGCUUGUCCUCUGCCCAUCUGAUUUUGCAGACAAAUUUUGGUGGUUUUUUGGUCCCGGCUAAAGGCUUUGCCAUUCAGUCACCUUAUGGAAUCCAGCCCUUGUUGAGCUUAAAUGUUCAGUCAAGUGGAAGAUGGACUAAAAAUUUAUCUUUAUUCAAUCCCUAUGAUGAUGUUCUCUAUGUUGAGGAAUUAACAGGAUGGAUAUCAAUUUUUAAAGAGGAUAAACAUUACCAUACAGAAGCAGUUUGUAGAGUAGAUAGAUAUCAGGUAUUUGAUGAGCCAAAGCCAUCAGUUAUCAAAGAAGGCUUGGUUGUCCAACAUGGUCAUAUAGACUCACCAUUGUUAUCUAUGAGGCCCUACAAACAAUGGAAGAUAGAACCUCACAGUAAUGAAACUAUCAUAGAAGUGGACUUGUCAUUUGAAUAUGGCGGGACAAUCAUUGGUACAUUUUGGCUGCAGUUAUUAAGGCCUUCACAGGAUAAGCCUGAUGUGGUUGCCGUCUCUCUUGAAGCUGAACUUGAAAGGGGGUCAACUCAUGAUGAUCAUAAAGGGUCUAUAUUUGCAUCUUUUGAGCCCUUACUGUACCAUGGAAAUGUUUUCGUUGCACUCUCUCUGAAGAACAGUGCUUCUCACUUGUUUAGUGUUCUUAAAAUUAUUGAAGUUGCUGAAAGCAAGGUUUUUGAGUUCAAAAGCUUGGAAGGCUUGCUACUUUUCCCCGGCACUGUCACACAAGUUGCUUUGAUUACCUGUAAUGAACAAGAUGCUCACUUCCACAAAGCCUCACCUGAAAUUGUUAAUAUGUAUAGCAAAUGUAAAUUACUCGUGUUGACUAAUGAGUCAACUAGUUCUCAUAUUGAAGUACCUUGCAAGGAUAUAUUCCUUCUAUGUUCAGAAUACUGGAAGGACUCUUUCAUGGAAGAUGGAAAGCAAAAUGAACACUUCUCGUCUGGUUUUGUAGGAACAGGGUUUUUGGCCAAUCAUGUGCGGUUACAGCCAGAAAUCAAGGCUGUGGAGAGAGCAGAAGCAGAUGAAUUGGUGCUUGAAAAUUGGGCUUCGAUGGGGACCACAAAGUCCAUGUCUGUGCUUGAUGAGCACGAGGUAUUUUUUCCCAUGGUCGAGGUUGGAAGUCAUUCUGCUAAAUGGAUUACUGUGAAAAAUCCAAGCGAGUGGCCAGUUGUAAUGCAGCUAAUCAUUAAUUCAGGUGAAAUUAUUGAUGAAUGCAGAGACCCUGAAGGAUUUAUCCACCUGUCGUCUGGUGGUUUGAUUCACAAUGACUCUACUAUGCCAAAGAAGUAUGGGUUUUCACUAGCAGAGGGUGCAGUUACAGAGGCUUAUGUUCAUCCUUAUGGUGAUGUGCUUUUUGGACCAAUAUUUUUUUACCCUUCGGAACGAUGUCACUGGAGAAGUUCUGUUUUGAUAAGAAAUAAUCUGUCUGGUGUGGAGUGGCUGUCAUUGAGAGGAUACGGGGGUUCGUCUUCUCUGCUGCUUCUUGAGGGUUCAAAGCCUGUUAUCAGUAUAGAGUUUGAGCUUGAAUCCCCAAUUUUGCUCAACAUAUCCCCUUCAGAAAGGUCGGUCCACAUGGAAGAGAUUAGCCAUGCCUGUACAUUGCCAUUAUCGAAAGACUUCUAUGCCAAGAACACUGGUGACUUGCCAUUGGAAUUCAAGAAGAUUAAAAUAUCAGGUACAGAAUGUGCGUUAGAUGGUUUCUUAGUACAUAAUUGUAAAGAUUUUGCCCUUGAACCUGGAGAGUCAAAAAAACUUACGAUAUCAUACAAGACUGAUCUUUCUGCUACCGUGGUGUAUAGAGAUCUUGAACUGGCCUUGGCUACUGGUAUACUUGUUAUACCCAUGAAGGCCAGUCUACCCUUCUAUAUGCUCAAUAAUUGCAGAAAAUCAGUCUCGUGGACACGACUGAAGAAAUUCUCCUUUGCUGUUCUCCUAAUUUCUUCUGUAAUGUUCUUGUUCUUUUGUUGGAUUUUGCCACACAUGAUAUCUUUGGGCUCUCUGGAUUUCUCAUGCAAGAAUGAGAUCAAGCGUAUAUCGAGUUCUACAAAGAGUGUGGAGAAGACUUAUUCUGUACGUCAUAGUGAGAAAAGCAGUCAACUCUCGGAUGUUUGGUCUGUUUUUGAAGGGGAAGGAGCACCACAACCCUCCCUGCAGUCAAAAUCUCUUGUAAUAGAGAAUUCUGAUGCAGUGGAAGCAUCUCAACCAAAUUACCUCACGGUGAAAACUGGGAAGGAAAGGGGAAGGCGGCGAAAGAAGAAAAAGGCAGGUGGCAUGAAAUUAGCCGGUCUAUUUGAAGUUUCGAGUAGUCAAAGUGGUAACUCUACGCCUUCGUCCCCUUUGUCUCCCACUGCAUCUAGUACACCGAAACGUACAUGGCCUAUGUCUCCUGAUGUGAACCAGUCUAUUGAGGUGAGUAGUCUCUUUGCUAGGGUGGUUGAUGAAACCCAAUGUCACAAGGCACAAACAUCUGAACUUACUUCCGUCACGAAUUCACCAAAACCUGAAGUUAGUGUGAAGAACUGCAUCGACACCUUUGUUUCAUCUUCCAAGGAGACUCCUUUGGAGUCGAGAAAGAGUUACAGUAAACCAAUUUUGCAGCCUUCGGCCACUUUUCCUUCAGCUGGCAGGCCUGCCCCAAAUGUCAUAUGCUCUCCUCUUGCUGCUUCAACCUCCAAAAUUGCUCUGCAUGCUCGAGCUCCUGGCUCUAAACUAUUCAACCAAAAAGCUUCAUUAGAAGGGGAAGGUAAGUCUGGGAUUCAGGAUAAAUACAAAUAUGAUAUCUGGGGUGAUCACUUUUCUGGACUUCAUUUGAUUAAUAAAUCAAAAGAUGUCCCUCCCAUGAUCCCCAGUACCAUAGAAAAGGACUCGGAUAGCUUUUUUGAAACGAGUCCUCAAACUCUCAUAGCUAAGUCUCAGCCAAUGUCUGUAAGUUCUUUUUAUCAGUAUCCUCAAGUUUAAUCAAUCAACACCUCCAAAAAAGUCUUAAUUAUCUGUGGCUUUUUUUUUCUUAAAAAAAAUAUUUUUCCUGGCCAUAUGGUUUCAGUUUUUUCGAACAAAAAGCCAGGUGAUGAUGAGCAGCGCUUCUUCUUUCAUUACCCUUAUUAUAGGAUGACAAAUUUCUGUGAGGGAUGGAGAAUUUUCAGUUUGGAUGGGGAUAUCUUUUUCCUGAACUAGUUUAGAGAAUAUGUUUCAAGUUCUAA